UUGAGAUUGCAUCAACUGAAAACAGUGCCACGACCGAGAUGUAGUAACAACACCCCACCACGUUGCGCGCCCGCAAUUGAAUCUACCAAUACCCACCAUCAUGUCGGGCUACCACGUCGAGCACGGUAUCAAAGAAGAGCAACAGAAACCCGAACCUCGGCGCCGACCAGACCUGAGCACCUUCUUCAGCACACUCGAUGUCGUCGAUACCUCCGGUUCGAGGCAACCUCAAAAUGCCCACGCCCUGCCACAUCCCUCGGACAUCAGCGCCGCCUACCGCACACUCGCCAAUGCCUUCGAGAUGAUGCGUGGUACCGCAAGUGCUCAGGACCCGCACUCUGAUCUCAUGCAGUCGCUCAUCGAGUCGCUCAUGGACACUGCAGAGCAUCCUCCGAGCAAAGUUGAAGGAGUCUCGGAUGAGUUCAUUGCUCAGUUGGAGCGAGUGGAUAAGAAGGAGUUGCAGAAGAAACCUGACGGAACGUGUCCCAUUUGUUCCAACCCGUUUCUUGAGGAUGCGCACCCGCUGGUGGUGAGAUUGCCUUGUCACCAGGAUCAUAUCUUUGAUUUGGAGUGCAUUGAGCCGUGGUUGAAGCUCAAUCCGACUUGUCCGCUCGAUCGCAAGGAUCUGGUUAAGAAGAAGGUGCAGCCGCCGCCGGUGGAGGAUGAAGAGGAGUUUGAUGAUAUGUAUUCAUGACGAGCUGGUGCACGAGAAUCAUUUCAAAGGAUUGCACUUAGCUCCACUGGAAAGGUCGAAAUGGAGGAUGGACUGUGUCUAUACCCGACUGCUCUGUACUUUGAGUUACCUUGAAGUGAAGUCAAGUACCCUUUAUGACACAAGAGUGUCCAAGGAAGUGGCAGACAUAGAAGUGGGAGACCUCGCGGUUGUCUCGCUUCAGCAGAUGCAGUGCCAUGUAUAUGCUGCGGAAGCCA